ACUGCAUUUGUUGUUUGUUUUUAUUUUCCGCCAAAUUUCGUCGCAAAUUGUCGCGACAUGUCCACAUGCAGUGCGUCCGAGAUUGCGGAGAAGAAGCGCAUUGCUCUGUCCAAGCUGCAGGCCAAGAAGUCCCAGCUCCAGGCCAGUGGGAAUGGCGGGAGACCAGCCCCGACGAUUCCAACAGGCGCCGCCCAGCAACAAGUCCACAGUGGAAGCCAUGGUAAUCCGAAUCAACCGCAGGCCAAGUCCCCGUUGAACUUCUACCGAUCCCCGCCAGCAGCAGGGCAGUGGAAGGUCAGCCGUCCUGGUCCCACCACUAGCGACAACAAGAGCUCCUCCUUCCUGAACGCCUUGAAGGCGAUAAAGCAAACCUCCGCCCGGGAAUUAUCCCGCAGUGCAGCACAUCCCUACCAGCGGCCCAAUGGCGGCGACAAGGAGGUCAGAGGCAGGCCAACGUUGUCGCUGGAUCCGGAGAAGGAUAAGCAGCGGCCAGUGGCACCGGUGUUUCGGAACUCCAUUACCUGCAACCUUUACAUGAUCAGCGCAAAUCGCUUUGCGGCCCACACCUCCGGAUAUCACGAGCAGCUGAUAGCCGUGUUCAAGAACAUGCCCACCAAAUCCUACGAGCCCAGCAGCCGCCUUUGGACCUUUGACCUGAAGGAUUAUCAAGCACUGCAAUUGCAUGCAGCUGACCUUAAGCCAGGUGUCCAUGUGAAUGGCGUGCCCAAAAAGGUGCUGGAUUUGUGUCAGCAACCGGCGGUGGUCUCGGAGCGGAGUGUCCUGGCCUCCAUAGAGCCCAAGUUGGCGGACAAACUGAUGCCCUUUCAGCAGGAUGGCGUGUGCUUCGCCAUUGGCCAGAAGGGACGCAUUAUGAUCUGUGAUGAAAUGGGCCUGGGCAAGACCUAUCAAGCCCUGGCCGUAGCUGAUUAUUUCAAGGAUGACUGGCCCCUGCUCGUCUGCACCACGGCCUCCACGCGGGACAGCUGGGCCAAGCACAUAGUGGAACUGUUGCCCAAGGUGCCCGUCCACUACAUCCAGGUGCUUAACAACAAUCAGCAAUAUGUGGGCGAGGCCCAGGUGCUCAUCACCAGCUACAACAUGAUGGAGAGGAACAGGUACAAGCUGCUGCAGCGCAAGUACGGCUUCAUCAUCUUCGACGAGUCGCACACGCUGAAGAACAGCAAAGCCAAGUGCACGGAGGUGGCCAAGAAGCUUACGGAUCAGGCCAAGCGUGUGGUCCUGCUCUCGGGUACACCAGCUCUCUCCAGACCCUUAGAGUUGUUCACGCAAUUGCAGCUGGUGGAUGGAAAGUUCAUGAAUUUCCUGGAGUUUACCACUCGCUACUGUGAUGGCAAACAGUCCACGUUUGGCUGGGAUGCCAGUGGUCAAUCUAAUCUGGAGGAGCUCAAGGUAAUGCUUACCCUGAAGUACAUGCUAAGGCGAACCAAAACCGAGGUGCUGCCGCAGCUGGCUGACAAGAAUAGGGAAACUGUGGUCCUGGAUCCUGCUUUGGUCUGGACCAAUGAAGAGACCAAGGACAGCUUGGAUGCCUUUAGCAAUGAGCUGAAAACCAGCAAGGGCAGGGCCACCGAGGAGAUUCUUCUGCGUUUCUAUGCGCGCACAGCUGAAGUCAAGACCCGAGCCGUUUGUGCCUAUGUGAAAACCCUGCUUAAAGAGGAUAAGAAAUUUAUAAUAUUUGCCCAUCAUCGGGUCAUGAUGGAUGCCAUUAGCGAUUGCCUUUCGCAGCUGAAGGUUCACUACAUAAGGAUUGAUGGACAAACCCGUAGUGAUCUCCGGGCUGACUUUGUGGACACUUUCCAGAAGAAGAAAACCUGCAAGGUGGCCCUGCUCUCCCUGAAAGCAUGCAAUUCAGGGAUUACUCUAACAGCCGCCGAGAUCAUAGUGUUUGCUGAACUGGACUGGAAUCCAAGUACCCUUGCCCAGGCCGAGAGCCGUGCCCACCGCAUAGGCCAAACCAAAGAGGUGAUAUGUCGCUACCUGAUGGCCAGCAAUACGGCCGAUGAUACCAUAUGGAAUAUGCUAAAGAACAAGCAGGAGGUACUCAGUAAGGUGGGCAUCUUUGCAGAGAAUCUACAAAAGGCCACGCACACAGCAGCGCCCACCACGUCCCACAAAAUCGAGGAAUACUUCUCGCCCGCGAAAGCCUCUGCGGCCCAGCAAGAUAAGGGGUCUAUUAGGCAGUUUCUAUUGCCGGCUCCCAGUGAAACCAAUAAUAAAUUGGAAGAAAAGCCCCAAGAAUCUCUUACCAAGUCGGAUAUGGCAGCGUUUUUCGAGGAUGACGAAGAUGAGGCCUUGCUGGAUUUAGAUAUAUAGUUUUUUUUGUUCCCCAACUUCUGUUAAAUGAUGUCAAUAAAUGGUAGUUAUUUGUA